AUGGGUUACUCUAGCAAGCAUGUCAUUACAAAAUUAAAAUCUAUUUAUGCCAGACACGGCAUUCCUAAAAUUUUUGUUUCAGACAAUGGCCCUCCUUAUAAUUCAAAAGAAUUUAAUCAGUUUUGUAAUGAUUGGUCUAUUGAACACAUAACAUCGAGCCCUCAUUUUCUGCGAUCUAACGGCAUGGCAGAGCGUUCAGUUCAAAUUGUAAAAAAAUUAUUGAUAAAAUGUAAAGAAACAAAUUCAGAUUAUUACACAGCGUUAUUGCAUUACAGAACAACUCCUAAAGGUAAUUUACCUAGUCCUAGUCAAUUAUUGAUGUCACGUCAGUUAAGAACAAAAUUACCAACUAUAGAUACAAAUUUAGAACUAAAAAUUGUGAAUAAUGAAAAGUACAAGAUUCAAGUUGAACAAAAUAUAAAAAAAAUGUCUGAAAAUUUUAACAAAAAAGCCGUCAAAUUACAACCAUUUUUUCCAGGUGAAGAUGUCAUGUUUAAGCGUACACCGCUUUCAGUUUGGUAUCCUGCAACAGUUGUAGAAAAAUGUAAAGAACCAAGGUCAUUUUUGGUAGAAGACAAUGAUGGAGUGAUUUAUCGAAGAAAUAGAGAACAUUUAAUGAAAAGACAAAGUGUUUUAGACAAAAUAGAUGAAGAACGAGAGACUGUAAAUCCAAAUCAAAGUCCUGUUAUAGAUCUAAAUUUAAAUAAUGAAAAAAGUGCAAAUCAAUAUGUUACUCAAAGGGGAAGAAAUGUGGUAGCACCUAAUAGACUAAAAUAUGAAUAA